UCUUCCUGGUGUUCGGAGCGGAAACGUUUUGUUUCUCAUCUCACUUCAUUCUCGACUUGUAUCAGCGGACGUGUUUGAACACCCUAUUGCAAUCAGUUGCGAACGUGUUGCCUGUGAUGUCGGAGCUUUUAUUUUGAAGGAAGCAGCGGGGCCGGUAAACAUGAGACCGGACAUCACCGUUCUUACGAUCCUCGCGGUUCUCACGGUUUCACCCGAAGCGGUUCGAUCCGCAGACACCGAGCCACAGGAAGAAGCGUCUCUGAGGUCGAUGCUGGACGACUUCGACGUCCUGUCUCUGUCCAGCCUGGAGACGCACUCCGUCCAGCGCAGGGACGUCCAGGCCCAGAGUCACGUGGAGAAGACGCUGAGCUUCUACGCCCUGAAGAGGACGUUCAGACUCUACCUGAGGACCAACCACCAGCUGUUCACCGAGGACUUCAGAGUGAAGGUGGUGGACGAGGACGGGGAGCGGAGUCACCAGAUCAACAGACACAACUUCUUCACUGGACAUGUCAUCGGUGAAGAACACUCUCGGGUUCAGGCUCAUAUCGACGAGGACGAGUUCUCCGCUCACAUCCUGACGGACGAGGCCGAGUUCAACAUCGAGCCUCUGUGGAGGUUCACGUCAGCGCCCCCUGAUGGCCGCCUGCUGAUCUACCGCUCAGAGGACAUCAGGAACCUGAGCCGCCUGCAGCAUCCAUCGGUCUGCGGCUACGUGAACUCUGAGCCCAGUCACGUGACCUCCGACCCCAGCCAUGUGACCUCCGACCCCAGCCACCUCCUGCCUGAGGGCAUUGAAGCAGACCGGUCGACGGAGCCGGAGGAAAACGAGUCUGUGUUCAGAGGGAAGCGUCAGGUCCACGACCACAAGAGGAACACGUGUCCUCUGCUGCUGGUGGCCGACCACCGCUUCUUCAAACACAUGGGCCGAGAGGAGGAGAGCACCACACUCAACUACCUGAUCGAGCUGAUCGACCGAGUGGACGACAUCUACAGAAACACUUCGUGGGACGAGGAGUUCGUUGGUUACGGAGUUCAGAUCCAGCAGAUCAUCAUCAACAAGGUCCCGAGCAGCGUGGAUCCAGGAAAGAGUCACUUCAACAUGAGAGGGAGUCCAGAGCCGGGCCGAGACGUCUGGGACGUCAAGAAGCUGCUGGAGCAGUUCAGUGUGGACAUGGCAGAGAACGCCUCCACCGUGUGCCUGGCGCACCUCUUCACCUACCAGGACUUCGCUGAGGGGACUCUGGGUCUGGCCUACGUGGCCCCGGCCAAACCCGACGUCCCCGGAGGCCUCUGCUCCAAAGCGUGUCCUUCAUCGGCCAACCGGCAGAGAGCCAUCUACCUCAACACGGGUCUGACCAGCACCAUGAACUAUGGGAAGACCAUCCUGACCAAGGAGGCCGACCUGGUGACCACCCACGAGCUCGGACACAACUUCGGAGCCGAGCACGACCCCGACAGCGUCCCGCACUGCGCCCCCCGGGACGACGGGGGGGGGAAGUUCGUCAUGUACCCGAUCGCUGUGAGCGGAGACCACGUCAACAACAAGGUCUUCUCGGACUGCAGCCGGCGCUCCAUCGUGAAGCGUCUGAGGGCGAAGGCCCCGUCCUGCUUCCGGGAGAGGAACCUCCACCGCUGUGGGAACUCCCGGGUGGAGCAGGGGGAGGAGUGUGACCCCGGACUCCUGAACAGCCACUCAGAUCGCUGCUGCACGGACGACUGCCGCCUCCGACCUGGAGCUCAGUGCAGUGACAGGAACAGUGCGUGCUGUAAAGGCUGCAGGUUCGAGUCCGAAGGCGAAGUCUGUCAGGAGCCCAUCGACGCCACCUGCAAAGGACACUCCUACUGCACAGGAAACAGCAGCGAGUGUCCGUCCCCAGAAGACGCUCCGGAUAAAACCGUGUGUCUGGACAGCGGCGAGUGUCUGAGCGGAGAGUGCGUCCCGUUCUGUGAGGCCGUCCUGAAGCUGCAGCCCUGCGCCUGCAACGAAACCCACUCGUCCUGUAAGGUCUGCUGUCGGAGCCGCGGCGGCGCCUGCGGGCCCUACCAGGACCACACGGGUCACUUCCUGUUCCUGCGGAAAGGGAAACCCUGCACGGUGGGCUUCUGUGACGGAGCGGGGAAGUGCAUGAAGCAGGUGCAGGACGUGAUCGAGCGCCUGUGGGACUUCAUCGAGAAGCUGGACAUCAGCACGCUGGGCACCUUCCUGGCCGACAACAUCGUGGGCUCGGUCGUGGCCUUCUCGCUGCUCUUCUGGGUCCCGGUCAGCAUCCUGGUGCACUGCGUGGACAAGAAGCUGGAUCAACAGUUCGAGCAAAGCUCCAAGUCCAUGUUCUUCCCCAGCAAUGCCGAGCUCCUGAGCAGCCUGGAGUCCGCGUCCGUUCGGAUCUUCAAGCCUCCGACCUUCCCCGGCGCCGCCCCCCCCCUUCGCUUCCAGCCGUGCAGCCCCCAGCAGACCAGCACCCCCCCGGGCUCCGACGCAGCCCCCCCUGCUCUGGACAGCCCCCGCAUGGCGACCAUCCAGGAGGACCCCAGCCCCCCCCUGGAGGAGGCGUUCGGGCGCUCGGCUCGGCGCUCCUUCGAGGACCUGACGGGGACGGGCGUGGGGGGGCGCAGCGAGACGCUGUGCAGGCUGCAGAGACAACACCAGAUCGACUCCAAGGAGACGCAGUGCUGAGCGUCCUGUCCCCCGCCCCCCCGCCCAUCACGUCCUGUCCCCCGCCCCCCCGCCCAUCACAGGUUUGAUGCAAGAGCCACAGACGUCUCUAAUAAGAAACACGUCUCCUGUCUUCACUCCGGUGCCUCGUCGUCUCCCGGCCGGAACGUCCACCUCAGAAUCGUCUUCGUCACUUCGAUGCGUCUCAGAGACAAAACGUGACGGCUCCAGAGCGAGCUGUAAGAACUCUGCAGCGCCACCAUCUGGUCACUUUUCAUUUGUCAACACUUUGUGAGCUCAUCCUCACAGAAGCUGUUCUCACUGUGGUUCCUGCUCAAGCUGCUCGUGGUCAACAAGUCAACAAGUCAACAAGUCAACAAGUCAACAAUGAAACACUGAACCGCAUCAAACCGGCUUCAGACUUUAGCAAAACAAUCUGCUGCGUUUUUUAGCUUUAUGUUACAUAAAAAUAUGAGAUUUAUAUUUUGAACUAAAUCUCAGGUUCCGGUUCAGCUCACGACUGAAAGUUCCUGUAAAAAGGAAACUGAUCCAAAGAUGACAGAUAUGAAACCUUCAGGUAUUAAAAGAUGAAACGAGUUGUUCCUCCAGCUGCUCGUCCUCGUCUCAGCGUCAACGUUCAUUUCAAAACGUGGACGAGUGAAUGUGUUUGUUACUGACUCGAUGACGUCCAGAACGUUGGUCACAUAUUCAGGAGUUGAACCGAUGGUGGAAGCCAUCAGUUUCAGCUCUGAAAGGUCAAAGGUCAAAGUGCGUCAGUAACGUGGCGACUCAUCAGGGAGGGUCAGCACAGAGGUCAAAGUUCGUGCUGAAAGAAUCUUGGACCAUGUGUCAUCACAUCUCUCUGUGGGAGUUGAACCCCGUGUUAGUGCCUUGCUCAACCCACUCUGCUACACAAGACUCUGAGGGAUUUUAAAAGUCAUAUAUAUAUAUAUACACACAAAGACGUUUUAAACAAACAUCUUAAAAACAUGUGUUUCUAAAUAAACAUGUUUGUCACCAUGACAACGUCCCCUCUGGUUCCUAAAGUUUAUUUUUGUGUAGUUGAAUAAACUCAGACUUGUGUUGAUGUGUGUUUUUGUGAUGACAGUCAGUGUGCCUCUGUUCACGUCAGUAUUUUAAACACUGUGUUGUUUGUGUUUUUCUUCGCUGCUGAUGUGAAGAUUUAAACUUUUUAAUUUUCAGUUUCUCGUCGCUCAGUAAAGUGAAUUUAACGUUAAACUUCCUGAGUGUGGAAUCUAACGUCCGAUAUUGUUUCACAAAGUUUCCCCGUCUGUUGUUUCAGGCUCAGCAGCAUUUUCAGAUUUAAUGUUCUAGUUGAAGAUUUUUUAUUUUAUUUUGAAAACUGGAAAAAUCCAGUUUUGUCGAGAGCUUCUGAAAACGUCUUUAAAUCGCUGAAAUGCAUCGGUUCAUUAUUAUUAUCAAUAUUAUAGUGAAAAGCAUCUGUUCUUCAUUCCAGGAGCUGGAACCAGAAAAUAUUUGACAGACAAACUGAUCAUUUGACUUUUAAACCCUGAGACAGUCGAUUAAUCCAUCGAGAGAAAGUCUCCAGCAAAUAUUCUUAUGAUCGAUGAAAAAUACUGAAAGUUUUCUUCUUUUGUGUUUGAGACAUUUGACUUUUUUGUUUCAUUGAAUAAAUGAAGUGAAAUCAA